AUGGAGGGUAUGAGUUUCCACACGGAGACGAAGCUCAGCAGCAAAAAAGGAGAGCACAAAGAGCGAAUUCACGAAGGAGGACGCGAAAGGGGGGGAGGAGAGGAAAUGGAAAGAAUAAUGAUGAAGACAAUGAGAGGAGCAGAUGCAGAUAAAAGACGGAUGAUGAUGCUGAUGAUGAUGAGACGAAAGGACCAGUUAGGGUGA